AACUUGUCACAUCAAAUGAUAAACACGUGUCCAGGAAAUUCCAGAAAGUCCCUUCAUUUCUUUUUCUCUUCUAAGUUUUUCUAUACUCGUGUUGUGCGUGUUCCUUUCCCACCAAUCUUAAAGCGAUCUCAUCCGGUUCCCGUCCAACUCAGAAUCAGAGCAAUCAGAAAGCAACAACUUCAAACAUGCAGUCAAGACUAGCAAGAAGAUCCUCAUGGACCUUAUCUUCAGCCACUCGCUUUACUCUCAAACGAGGAUUUUGCUCUUCCCCUCGUAGCCAAACCGCAGACCCUGCCAUCCAUUCCGGAGAACGAGAAGCUGGCCCCGAUGUUCACAAAGAACCACCCCGAGGUACAAGUACAGAAGAUAAUGUAAAAAAUGCCGCCAAGUUUGCGGAAACAAAUCACGCACCUAGCAUAAAAGACAAGACUUCUGUGUCUCCAAAAUCUCCAUUUGAACCUUCCCCAAAACUAAAGAGCACAGGGGUGAACCAGCGUUUGGACCCAAACAUUCAACAAAAGCGGAGGCUGGGAUCGAAAGCUUUAGAAGAAGUCAGCUGUGCUGGUCUUGAUGGAACUCCAUGGCCAGAUGACAAAAACAAGGAACAGAGGAUAAGAGAGGAACAGAGAGAAGACAACAUAGAUUACUAUAAGCAUCACAAAGCCUCACCCUUGUCGGAGAUAGAGUUCGUAGAUACCCGAAGGCUCCUUUCUGAUUACAAGGCCGGAACCGUCGUUGCUGCAGGAAGAGGUGAGGAUGUGAUUGUUUGGCUGCCGGAACAGCUUGACACGGCGGAGGAUUCGCUGAGGAGGGCCACUGAGAUUUGGCGCCAAAAUGCCAUGCGUGGUGACCCUGAUGCACCACAUUCAAGGGUUCUCAGAGCUCUUCGUGGCGAAGAUUUUUGAGACUCAUGUUGUCCUCCCCCGCAACAAAUGAAUGUAGAAAUGUGAUUUAUAUCAAUAGUAAACUUUGUCCCGUGUAAUUUGUAAACAUAACCCUUUCGAAACUAAAUAAAUGUUUAAUAAUUCCAACAAGUAGUAGUCACAGUGACCUGAUAUGGAUUAGGAAUAGGUUAAAUUAAUUUCUGACCAAUAUCUCAAUGUACGAACAUAUUUUGAAUAUGUCAUCAUAA